AAUAAAAUAUUUGCACAACUUUCUGGCUCAAAAUCUCAGCUCAAGUUUUGCAACUCGGCAAGGUGUCAUGCGCAACGGCGGUCAUGGCUCAAGUGACUCAUCUGUCUUUAAGUGACUCAUCUGUUGAGUAUUCCAUGAAAACGAAAAUGACAGCUUUUAUGUUCUUCUUUUACUUACAAAAUUAAAUAUAUUAACAAAAGAAAAGUUGCAAAAUUAUAUCAACAGGAAUACGAAAGAGGCGUGGAUAUAAAGUUUAGCUAAAUAUCACUUUCAGGUUAUUUUUUUUAAGAGGGAACAAAAAGGUCAUGACGGCCGGUAAUUUGCUGUUGUCGUUUUGGGUUCUGAUGCUAGUUUUAAACACAACAGAAGGAGCUGAAGUGUUUAUUUCGCAGUUUAGAAGCAAUGACACAUACUGGUGCGGUAGUAACCUUUCACCAUGUGCUUCAUUGGAGUAUGCUUUAAAACACAAGGUAAAAUCUAAUGAUAUCGUCAGACUAGACGCUGGCAAGACAAAGGAAAAGCCUUACGUUUAUAUUUUUAAAAAAACAUUGCCAUACAUAGAUAAAAACCUAACUAUAACAAAUUAUGGAGAAAAUUACUUGCGGCCAACAAUACUUUGGAAUGGAUCAUUGUGGCGCAAACAGUAUUUAUUUUACGUCAACAGUAGGAUUGAUUUACACUUUCGAAUUAUAGAUAUCAAUUUUUUCAAAGUUCCUCUCUUUUUAAUGCGACGUGUCAAUAGUUUAACUUUGGUGAUCAGGAGAUGCAACUUUAGUAAAAUCUACGUGCCCACAAUCAAGAAUAAAGAUUUUAUCAAUAUAACUGUAAAAAUACAUAUCUCCCAAUGUUAUUUUUACCAGACAUAUAUUCUUAACCUUAUUAAGCAUUGCAAAGGAUACAUACUUCUGCAACAAUGUGUUGUCAAUGAGGGGCCAAGGAGAAACGCAAACCAUAUAAUAUUUCUUCAGAGCUUCAUCAAAAGGUUCAACCUCAUCAUUGACAAUUGCCGUUUUGAAAAUGCUAGUAGUUGCUCUAUAUAUAUCAAAGGAUCAAACACAAGGAAAAAAUUUAUAAAUAAAUUUACAAUCAAAAAUUCAACCUUUGUUAAUUUUCAACAAAAUCUUCGCCAAUGGAACACAAAGCACGUCAUAAACGGAUACUUUCUGGAGCAAGUUAUUAUCAAGGAUUGCUCAUUUUCAGGUUAUUUAGUAUCACCUGUUAAAAUUUCAAUGACACCAGAUUUUCAAAUAACAAAUACAAAAUUUAUAAAAAAUAAAGCAGAAAUGGGUGGUGCGAUCAACCUAGUUAAAAGUAGUGGUAAAAUAAACAACUGUGUGUUUGAAAAGAAUUUCGCCAAGUUAGGUGGUGCUAUUUUCAACGAAGCAUACGAAUCUGAAAUCUUCAUUACAAAUGCAACUUUUAUUUCGAAUACAGCGCAAGGUUUGGGAGGUAACAUUUAUUUUACCCAGGAAGAGAAAUUUUUUCUGCAAUCAAAAAUGAUCCUGGAAAAUGUUAGGAUUAUAGGUAACGCUGUAGAUAAUAUAAGCUAUGGUUAUUUCAUCUAUUCAUCGGGCAUGAUCUCACUCAUAAACGUCAGCAUGACAUUGAAAGCUUCUAGUUCAAAAGAUAACGUUGAUGGGUUUCUCUGUACAGAAAGCUGCCUUAGCCAGUCUUCAUUAUUUCAAAAUGUCCAUUUUAAAUGUGCACGAAACUAUAAAACGGCUUUUUUCACAACAAAAAUCAUAACAGAAUUAUUAUCAAUCCUUCGUUGUCGCAGGUGCCCAAAAGGAACUUAUGGGUCUGCAGCACAAACAAUGGAAAUAAAUAACUCUAGGUUUUUACUUCGUAUAAGAAAAACCAACGUGAGUUGCUUGCAAUGUCCAACAGGCGGAGUUUGUGAGGAUAAUGUUACUAGCAAGGGAAACUUCUGGGGCUAUAAAACGCGAAGUGAACAACUGCUGUUUAUACCUUGUCCAUCUCAAUACUGUUGCUCAAAGAAAACAAAGCGUUGUGUUUCAUACAACACAUGUAAUUCUAAUCGUGAGGGAACAUUGUGUGGCUCGUGUAGAAAAGGAUACAGAGUGAACUAUUUUAAUAAACAAUGUGUUGGAAACAAAAACUGCAGGGUAAAUUUAUUUUGGUUUCUUUUCGUGUUGUAUGCCAUAUUCUACACCGUUGUUCUGUUGUUUUAUAAAGAUAUUGUCCAUAUGAUCCUGCGUACCGCAAGAAGAAUAAAAUCAAAGAGAGAUGCUCAGCUGACUGAACCCAUUAUUCUCAAUGAAGAAGAAAAUUCUGAUUGCCUACGAAUAGACGGAGAAGAAGUCCAUGCAGACAUUGACUCGCCUGAAGAAAAUCUAACAGUACACAACGAAGACUUUAUAUCAGGUCACAAAGACAAAAUAAUAUCCAGCAUUGGCGGAAUAAAAACUAUAUUUUUCUUUUUUUAUCAAAUGGAAAUACUGUUGAGUGUUGAGCACCAUUUGAAUGAAGCAGGAUAUGGUUACCUAUCUCAAUUAAGACAGUUUUUCUCAUCCUUGCUAAAUUUUCGUCUACUUUCGAUUGGAGUAUUUAGGCUUUGUCCUAAGGAGGCACUGACAACAAUUGAGAAGGAAUCCAUCAGACUCGGCCUUGUCCUGAUGAUAGUAUUUUUUCUAUUCCAGUAUUUUCUUGCUAAAUCUAUUUAUCAGAAGUUAAGACUAAGUAAAAGAGAAUAUGUGACAAACAGCAUAGGAAUUUUGCCAUUUAAAGGAAGAGUCAGAGUUUCAUUGAUUCAUUUGAUAUUACUAAGUUAUACGAGCAUAUCAACCUAUUGUUUCAAAAUGACAAACUGUGUAAAUAUCAAUGGAAAGAAGCAUUUAUAUAUCCAAGGAGAUGUAGUCUGCUACGUGUGGUGGCAUUACAUAAUAAUGGUUAUUAUUGGCACUUGGAUUGUUCCGUUUCCAAUUUCAACUUACUUAUCAGAGAAAAUGUUAGAAUCAAAUCGUAUUACAGUGAAGCAGUUUUACUUAAAUGUUAUAUUUCCACCAAAAGCCUUGUGGUGCUAUCUUCGAACAAGAUAUUCAGUUGAGAAAGAAAUACGUGAUGUCGAACGGGAUAACGACGAGGAGAAACAGAGUAUUAUAAAUGUGUUUACGAAACCAUACAACUCUGAUCAGUUUGGAGGUAAAAAUAGAAUCAAUUGGGAAGUGGUUAUUUUGUUUCGACGGAUUAUUGUCACAGCCUUAUGCAUCUACAUUGUGAAUCCUGUCAUCAGAAUGAUGAUUCUACUACCCAUAUUAUUCUCAUUCCUUUUACAUCAUUUAUAUGCAUUACCAUUUUGCAAUCAGUUUCUAAAUCGUGUUGAAACAGCUUCGUUAUCGCUUUUGUUGUUUUUUAACGUCUCAGAUUUGUUUUGGGCGAUCAAUUAUAUGAAUGAUUUAACCCAAAUACCUGCUUAUGGUAUUAUCACUGCAGUAUUGUCGUGGACAGAGGACAUUAUUCUGACACUGCCAUUGGUGAUUGUAUUUUUCGGUUUCGCUGUACUGAUGUUAAAGAAGAUUUUCGACGUACUACUGCAAUGCUUCGUCAAGAAAAUUGAUUGACGGAAAGUUAAAAGGACCGCUUAUACAUCUAUGGAUUGCUAUGCCAAAAGGAGAAAAAAACCUUUUCUUAAUUGUUAUGGAUUUUUUUAUUUUUUCUAAAUUGUUAAAGUUUUUGUGCUAUACCGGAUGGAUUCUUAUCUUGAACACUCGAACCAUUUUUCUAUUUCGAGUAAAUAUUCUGUUCCUUUGCCGGUUAUCUUUCCCUAUUUCCCUGGCUUGCCGCGAACCAUGGAGACAUAUUUCUAUUAUUGUAACUUCAUGCUUGAAUUUUCGUCAUCUGUGUCAGAUUUUUUUAGACCCUCCAAAUUCAGGAUAAAGAGAAUUCACUGCAGAUGUAUAAAAACUAUACAGACGUAAUAAUGUAAGUUAGAUACUAGGUACAGAGUAACUUUUUGCAUGUUAUAAAGUUUUUAUAUUAUUAGUUAAAUGUUAGGUAAAUUAUAGAAGGUAUCUCGAAGAAGACUGCUUUUUUAAGCUCAUUCGGUAACAUGGUAUGUAAGUUUUGCUAAGAAGUUUUAAAUUGUUGGUGGCUAAAUAUAUAUGGGGACUAGAUUGAUUGAUACGCUCUUUAACCGACUUUUUUGGUCCAAUAUGUGCAGUGACUUCUUAACAGUAUGGUAGGUUACAAUUUGAUAACGGAAACUACAAAGGCUUUUGGAAAGGUAAAUAUCUCGUUUUUGCAAAAAACUGUUUAUUUAAAAAUGUAGCAUUUAAAUAUAUUUGUAAAAUUUGCGAUUUGACGUUAUAGAAUUUAAUGGUUAUUUUCAAUGUUGUUAAAGUUCCAAACGCUUUCCCAGGCGCAACUGUUCUUUACUUGUUGGUUGUUACAUUUUUACUUGAGAAAUGUUUGCUUUUUCAGUCAGGAUAGAUAUAUAGAUAUAGAUAUAUAAUCUAGAGAUAUAAUCUAUAUUAUUAUAUUAUAUUCUAUGGCGAAAUCAAACUUCAGUUGUACUACUUUAAUUUGCAUAAUAUAACGAUAGGUCUUGGAAACUAUUCCUCCCCUUCUCUAUUUAUUACUCACAUCGGAUUGAGCAUUUGCUUAGCAAUUAAUUCUUUUUUCUUCAAGUAUUUAAAGCUUCGUGUUGCUUGUAUAAUAUGUUGCUUCUAAAAAGAAAGCGAGUAUUUAAAUUAGAAAGACGAAAUCUACAAGGACUAACUCAGUCUCGCUUUUCAAGACUUCUUUUUGGGGUUUUUAUAGCGCUCGAUAAAAGUAGUAAAUAAAGUAGUCUCUCGCGCUCGCACUCAGCUAGAAAGCCAUGGAUGGAGGACGAGAUUGGAGCCUAGCUUGACGAUAACUAGAAAAUUUUCACAAAAAUACAAAAGUGAUACAAGAAGCUCUAAACCAGAGAAGAUAUUCUCCUUUUUUAUUGGACAAAUGGAAGAUUAUACGACAAUGUGAAGUAUUAUUCUACAGUUGACUCUCUAUAACUCGAACAGCCACGGGGAAUCGAAAACUGUGCGAGUUAUACAGAGAUUCGGGUAAUAGAGAGUUGGGAGUUUGGAGAAUGGGUACUAAAUCUUUUUUAUGACAGUUCACUAGGAAAUUCCCACAUCGUUCGAGUUAAGUAGAGAUUCCAUUUAUAGGGGUUCGAGUUAUCGCAACCUUGUGUCAAUUUGUUAUAACCUAUAAGAAUCCCUGUAGACGAGGUUGAUAAAAAGGAUAUUAUAAUUUUGGAAUUGUCUCAAACAGGGAAAUUUAGUCAAGAGAGGUGUUUAAUUGAAAACAAAGUUGUUUAUUCGAGAUCAAAAAGUACAUAGCGCGGGAGGGAACUAGAAUUGAGGUUAAAAAAUCGGAUCAAUGACUGGGACAAACCCUGGCGAAACCCGGACAUAUUUGGUAAUGGCGGAAGCAGCUGUGCUGAUGUGCUUUUUUUGUUCACGUGUCUAUUCUCUCUCUAUGGAUUCAGAAGUGUAUAAUAUAGGAAUACAACGUUAAGAUAUCUUUUUAAGUACUGUACGCAACAGGACACUUUUCUUAUUCAAGUGACACUCAUCUGAUUAAAAUCACCUGGAAUAUAGACACAAGUUUAGGAAAAGUAUAGCUCUAGCUUUAAAGCCUAUGGAAACAGUUUCUGUAGUUAUAGCCAUAUAAAAAACCCCCUGAAAAGAAAAAAAAUAUCAAAAUUCAGUAACUUUUUUUGUUUAGUAAAACAGCAAUUGUUUACUUCCUGGCUUUUAUUUGAUCCAAAAGAAAAUAAAGUAUAGCGUACACAGGGAAUUCCAUGUGACUUGUGUGUGAUUGCACAACCAUGCACCCACACACGCGCAACAGCUAUUCAGGCAUGCGAUUUAUUGCACACGCUAAUUAAGCUCUUUACUCGCGUAAAAUAAAAAAAAUUAACGAAGGAAUUUUGAAGUUGAUUGUCUACAGUGUAGUUAAUGUCGCCACUUAAGGCUGUGCUUUAAGCAUUUAACUAUUAAAACUGUAUCCCAAAAAUCAAUCGUUUUAAUCGGCAGCUUCAACCGUAUCAAUAAAAACAGUUUAUAAUCACUUGUGGUUAAAUUAAUUUUUUUAAAAAAAAGUUAAUUAAAUGCUUUGUUUUUUCCCCGUGUUUAAAUUAAAUGUGUUUUUUUCUGCCUACUAUUCCACACAAGCCGUCUCCCAAAAGCUAACAUACAAAACUUCAAACCUCAAUAAAUAAAAAAUGACUUCAAUUUUUACCAUUGUUAUAGAUAAUAGAUAACCUAUGGAGAAAAUAUAACCUGGAAAAGGGGUUGGGAUAAAUAGCACUACAAACAAUAUGGCAGA